AACGGUGCAGCGGAUGUUGAGGAAAUCCUUCACGAUGGUGGAAGACAACUGUUUAUGGGUCUUAAUGGUUAAAGAGGAACGAUAUGUGUAUUAACAGUUAUUGCUUGUUUAUUUAGACUAUUAUAUUCGUGUGUUAUUCGCGUUUUGCAGAGAAAAUAUUGAUUUAAAAUCUGAGUUUCUGAGUUUCACGGGUCCUGCUGCGAGCGUAGAUUUAUCUGGAGGCGAAUUUGGCAUCGAUGUUGUGAUCUAACGUUAGAUAUUUACACGCAAUAUUUGUCCAAAUUAACAUGGAAGGACCGUACAGAAUGAUAUGAGAUCAGUUGAGCUCCGUUGUCAGCGAUUCUUGCGUCUGAUUCACUCUCUUAUGAACACAUCUGAUCUGUGGCGAUGUCUCUAGUAGCGUACGACAGCAGCGACGACAGUGAUCGCGAUGACUCGCCGGGUUUAGUCGGUCGACCCGCGGGCAAGAUCGGCGGACUGUUCGCUUCUCUGCCCGCGCCGAAGAAAACACAUCAAGCAUCAGCUCCUCAACCUAAGAAAGCGAUGGACCUGCCGAAACCCAAGAAACGCACAGAACCCGUCAGAAUCACCGUUCCUGAAAUAAAACCAGCAGAUUCCGACUCUGAGGAUGACGAGCCAGUACGAAAGAAAUCAGCUCCUCAGGGAGGUGGUGGUCUGUCCUCUCUGCUGCCCCAGCCUAAGAAUCUGGUGGUGAAGGAAAUGCAUCGGCCCCUGGUGCCGCACACCCUAACCAAACGCCCUGGAUCGGAUAAGCCGAAGGCAACCACAGGAAAGUCCCAGGGUGUUUCUGGAACCAGCCCAUCCCCGUCCGCCAUCAAAGCCGCUGCAAAGUCAAAGGCGAUGCAGUUAGCCCAAAAAAUGGCCGCGGAUGAAGAGGGAAGUGACGAUGAAGUCGCUCCGGAGAACUACUUUUCCCUACCAGAGAGCUCAUCAGAGCCUGUGAUGCCUAAAAACCCAGAUUCUCAGCAGUACGUUCCCACUCUACACCCUCCACCCGCUGUGGAAGACUCUCCAUUGGACUUUGGUUCUAAUGCAGACAGUUACAGUAGGCCAGUCGGAGCCAUUCAAGAUGGUCAGAAGGAAGAAUACCCACCGCAGUAUCCUGAGAAUCCACUGCCCGAGACUUCUCCACAGGAUUACCUUGAGGAGGGAUAUUACCAAGACCCAAACCCUGCAGCCGAUGAGCAAGACGAUUCAGGCUCCUCUUCAAUGUUCAAUGAUGAAGCAUUUCGGCGGCUGCAGGGCAAACAGAAUCGCGGAAGAGAGGAAAUCAAGUUCUUGGAGAUCAAAGGAGACGAUCAGCUGAGCGGCAAUAAGCAAUGGAUGACCAAGAACAUGUCAGCGGAGGCCGAGCCGCGCAAGUCCUUCAGCAAGAAAAAAGGAGAUCAGCCAACGGGGCAACAGAGACGCAAGCACCAAAUCACGUAUCUGAUUCAUCAGGCCAAGGAACGCGAGCUGGAACUCAAGAACAACUGGGCCGACAACAAAAUGACUCGGAGACAAACGCAAGCCAAGUACGGAUUCUAAUGGACUGGAUAUCAGGAUGUUGCGCACACAUCUACCUAAUGUGGAGCAGAUUUAGUUGGCCUGUACAGAAAUCUUUUUGCCAGCUUUUAGAGCUGUAAUGCCAGUUCGUAUUGUUUCAGAAAGGAGCGAAGGACUGCAAAGCUCUAUUGGCUGCUGUGACUUUGUUUAAGACGGCUCCCAAAUGUCUACCUAAUACGGUCUUUCCAUUUGAACAACAUUGGGUUUUGUUAUGAGUUUUAGUUCUGUCAAAAAUCACUUGUAACAUUAAAGUAGCUCUGUGGGUUCACAUGAUUU